AUGGGCGGGAGAAAGGGCAAAGCGCCCCAGCGCCCGGGGGCACAGGCCUCCGGGGAGCAGGAGUCCGGGUCGGCCGGCGCAAAAGGCGCUCCCAGCCGGGAACGCCGACAGCACCGCGCAAAGGCCGGCAGGGCGAGACCGGUCUUGGAGCCCAACACCACUGGAGGCGAGGGGGCCCCCGCUGGCCGCAGGACGCCCACCGCAGACAGGAGCGGCGGCCGCAGACACCCAGCGGCCGGGCCAACCCCGGAGGCCCAGGAGAGACUAGGCACUGCGCGGCCCCGCGGACGCGUGCCUAAGGGGAGCAGCGAAGCCAGGGACCACCGUGCGCAGCCCCUGCAGGAAGAGAGCCUCCCCCGACCAGAAGGCAGGAUAGGCGCGCGCGGCCGCCGCAGGAGGAGAGGAAAAGGGCAGGGACCUUCCGCAAGGCAGGGCCGCGGAGAGACCCGGAGCCUCGACGGUGAUACCUCGGGCGGAGACGCAGGCAGCUCCUGCCCGGACAGCGAAGCCCGCGAGGCCCGGGAAAGCAGUCGCCAGAGCGGCGGGGCCCCGGAGCUGCAGCCCAAGUCGGAGCAGACGGACACGGGCUCUGGAAGCACCCAGACCGGACGGGAGUUAGUGCUGGAGCCUGGCGAGAGCCCGAGCAGCGGCGGCAGGGGCAGCGACCCGUCCCCCGCCAGGCCCCGGAGCAGGGAAGGGACGUCGGAGGCGGGGCCCCAGGCAGUGGCCGAGGAUUCCGGGACAGACACCAACUCAAGCCUGGAGGAGGCUGGGCCUGGACGGAGUCCCCGGGCAGCCCCAGAGAUGGCCAGCAGGGCCACUGAGAUCGAAGACGUUGAGCCGGGCAGAAAAGCUACGGCCUCCAGUCCCCUCGAGGGUAGCCGCGGGUCUGUUUCCCAGAGCUCGCAGGCUUCCUGCAACCCCAGGCCGGCCUGGGACGCGGGAGAAAACUGGGCGCAGCCAGAGGCUGAGGCGCCGGGCCCAGAGCGCGAAAGCGCCAAGGCCUCGACAGCUCGGGCGCGGCGCCGCCAGGUCGGAAAGGUGGUGGGGCAGGUGCAGGUGGCGGCGGCCGAGGGCGAAGAGGGGGCUGGAGGCGGAGACGGGCCCGGGGACCCAGCGCCGCUGGCCGCUCUCGUGGCGCUAAGCAGGCCCCGCGCGAGAACCCCGCCAGGCCCCGCUCCCCAAGCCUCGGGUCCCCGCCGCGCCGGCCUCAAGGAUCGGCUCCUUCGCGUGGCCAGCGUCCUGGGCCUCCUGCGCUGGCUGCGGCGGCGCCUGGGGCAGAGGGAAGGAGAGGGGCGGGGGGCGGGGCCGCGGGCGGGCGACGGGCGGGGCCGGGGGCCGUGGCUGCGGCGCCGUCUUGGGCUGCGCCUGGCGGGCGCAGUGGGGCUGGGGGCACCGCCGAGGGCUCCCCCUGGCGGCGGCCCGAGCUCCACGCAGGUUGCGGAAAGCCCCGCCCCCGAAGACGCUAAUGAAGAUGGGGACCCGAUUCCGAAUCCCAAAUUCGCUGUCGUGCUCCCCAGGAUCCACAGGGCGGGGCGGGCAUCGAGUAGCCGGAGCUCCGAGGAAAUGUCCGCGGACCCCCCUGCCGGGGAGGGGCACGUUUGGGCUUGUGCGGGGGUUUCAGGGGACAAUGAGGGGCACGGGGCGGGUGGAGAAGGGGUGGCUGGUUCCCGCCGAGGAUCUCUCCUGGGCCCGAUUGCCCCCGACGAAGCCCUAGACGAGGGCGGCUCGGGCAGUGGAGCGGGGCCUGGAACCUUGGAAGCCGAGACUCUGGUGCACUGGGCACAAGGCUCAGCCCCCCGCGAGGACCCUGGUCUCAGCACAGACGUGCUGCUGCCCCGCCUCACCUUGGAGGCCCGCCUGCAGCUGGAGAGGGGCCCAGGCCCCUGCGGGUCCCGGAUGGAGCCGUGGGAGCCGGACGACGAGGCCGGGGAGGCGCUGGAGAGGCACCUGGAGCUGAGCCCAGGGCCAGGCCUCGAGGCACCGCACUUUCCUGGUGCCGAGGGCAGGAGCCUUGGGAAUGGCCUGGAAGACACCGAGGACCUGGCCCGCCACAGACCUGUGUGUGACAACUCCGUGCUGCUGUGCCUCAAGAAGAGGUUUCACCUGGGCCGAAUCUACACCUUUGGGGGGCCCCUCCUGCUCGCUUUGAAUCCCUGCCGGCCCCUGCCUCUCUUCUCACCUGAGGUCCUGGCCAACUACCAUUCCGCGAAGGCCCUGAAUACCACCCCACACAUCUUUGCCGUUGCGGCAGCAGCCUACAGCCUGUCACAGAGCACCCGGCAGGGCUCCUGCAUUCUCCUUGGGUGAACCCUGCCAGCCCCUCCCUCCUGCUGCGGACACAGCGGCUCAGGGAAGACAGAAGCUGCUAAAAGGAUAGCACUGCUCCUGAGCGGCCUGCAGCGGGAGCAGACGCGGGGCAGCAGACGCCAGCUGAACGACGUGCUGCGUGUGCUCAGCAGCUUUGGCCACGCCAAGACAGUCCUCAAUGCCAAUGCCAGCCGCUUUGGCCAGGUCUUAUGCCUCGGCCUGCAGCAUGGGGUCAUCUGGGGAGUUUCUGUGUCACAUUAUCUGCUCGAGACCUCAAGGGUGGUGUUCCAGGCCCAGGCUGAGCGGAGCUUCCAUGUGCUUUACGAGCUGCUGGCCGGGCUGGACCCUGUGAAACGGGAGCAGCUCUCCCUGCAGGGGCCGGAGACCUUCUACUACCUCAACCAGGGCCAGGCCUGCAGGCUCCAGGGCAAGGAGGACGCUCAGGACUUCUCAGGGCUGCUGAAGGCCCUGCAGGCACUGGGCUUGUGUCCCGAGGAGCUGACCGCAAUCUGGGCUAUGCUGGCCGCCAUCCUGCACCUGGGCAACAUCUGCUUCUCCUCUACAGAGCGGGAGUCCCAGGAGGUGGCUGCUGUGUCCAGCUGGGCCGAGAUCCACAUGGAGCGGACUGUCACCAGGAGGGUCAUGGAGACACCCUAUGGCUGGGUCUGGAGAUCCCUGCCCAUGGAAAGCGCCAUCGAUGCCAGGGACACCCUGGCCAAGGCCCUGGAGGGAGAGAGCACGGACACCGUCACUGUCGUGGAUGUCUAUGGCUUUGAGGCACUGUGGGUGAAUGGUCUGGAGCAGCUGUGCAACAAUCUCGCCAGUGAGCGCCUGCAGCUCUUCUCUAACCAGCUGCUGCUGGCCCAGGAGGAGGAGGCCUGUCGGCAGGAGUCACUACCAUGGAUUCCCAUCUCCCAGCCUCUGCACGAGUCCUGCUUGGACCUCCUGGUAGACCAGCCCCACAGCCUCCUGAGGAUCCUGGACACCCAGACAUGGCUGUCACAGGCCACGGACCACACCUUCCUCCAGAAGUGCCACUGUCACCAUGGUGGUCACCCGUGCUAUGCCAAGCCCCAGCUGCCCCUUCCUGUCUUCACCGUGAGGCAUUACGCUGGGACUGUCACCUACCAGGUUCACAAGUUUUUAAACAGAAAUAGGGACCAUCUGGACCCCGCCGCUGUGGAAAUGCUUGCCCAGAGCCAGCUCCAGCUGGUAGGCAGCCUAUUCCAGGAAGCAGAGCCCCAGGCCGCAAGUGAGCUCAGCAAACCCACCCUGGCCUCUCGUUUCCAGCGGUCCCUGGAGGACCUCAUAGCUCAGCUGGGCAGGAGUCAUGUCCACGUCGUCCAGUGUCUCAGCCCCAACCCUAGAAAGCUUCCCAACCUCUUUGAUGUGGGACAUGUGGCAGAGCAGUUGCACCAGGCGGGCACCCUGGAGGCUGUGUGUACCCGCAGUGCCAACUUCCCUGUGCGCCUGGCCUUCCAGACCUUCCUGGCCAGGUUCCGGGCCUUGGGGACACAGGGACAGAGAAAGCUCUCGGACCGGGAGAGGUGUGGUGCCAUCCUGAGCCAGGUGCUGGGGGCUGAGUCGCCCCUCUGUCACCUUGGAGCCACCCAGGUCCUGCUGCGGGAGCUGGGCUGGCAGCAGCUGGAGCGGCACUGGGCGCAGCAGGGCUCCCAGGCCCUGCUCACCCUGCACCGCAGCCUCCGCGCCUGCAUCUCCCACCAGUGCCUCCGCCUCCUGCCCCAGAUGCAGGCUCGAGUGUGUGGACUCCAGGCCAGGAAGCGGCACCUCCGGCGGAGGGCAGCUCUGGGACAGCUGAGCACCAUCCUGCUGGCCGCCCGGCCCGUGCUCUGGAGGCGGCAGAGAUGGCGGAUUGGGCAUUGGCGUGGCUGGCACAGCAGUGGGGCCUCCGAGGAAGCGCGGAGCAUGGAGCUGGGGCGUUUGGAGGUCCCGGCUGAGCUGGCCCUCAUGCUGAAGACAGCAGAGGGCCGUCAGCACGCCCUGGUCCAGAACAUCACGGAGUCCAUGCCCCCGCAAGUGCCUGUCCGGCCCAACCUGACUCUCCCGCCGGACACUGACCAGUUCCCCUUCUCCAGCUUCGUCUCCAUCAGCUUUCAGGAGCCAUCCCUACCUAGCCCCGGGCAGCUGCUGGCCAAGCCCCUGACCCGACUGGAUGGUGAGAACCCUCAGCAUGCCCUGGAUAUCAACAAGGUGAUGCUGCGGCUCCUGGGGGAUGGGGCCCUGCCCUCCUGGCAGGAGCAGACCCUGGCCGAAUACCUGGUGCGGCAAGGGCAGCGCCGGCCAGGGCUGCGGGACGAGCUCUUCAGCCAGCUCGCGGCCCAGCUCUGGCACAACCCAGACGAGCAGCAGGGCCAGCGUGGCUGGGCCCUCAUGGCCAUCCUGCUCAGCACCUUCCCCCCAAUGCCCACCCUGCAGAAGCCACUACUCAAAUUUGUGUCUGACCAGGCCCCCAGUGGCAUGGCAGCGCUGUGCCAGCACAAGCUACUGGGGGCCUUGGAGCAGACACGGCUGGCCCCCGGGACUGCACGGGCCCACCCACCCACCCAGCUCGAGUGGACAGCUGGGCGGCGACGGGGCCGCAUGGCGCUAGAUGUCUUCACAUUCAAUGAGGAGUGCUACUCAGCUGAGGUGGAGUCCUGGACCACAGGGGAGCAAUUUGCCGGAUGGAUUCUGCAAAGCAGAGGCCUGGAGGUGCCCCCCCGCGGCUGGUCGGUGUCACUGCACUCCGGGGACUCCUGGCAGGACUUGGCUGGCUGCGACUUUGUGCUGGACCUGAUCGGCCAGACUGAGGACCUGGGAGACCUGGUCGGUCCCCACAGCUAUCCCAUCGCCCCCCAUGGCUUAGCCGAGAACAUCCCCCCUGCCCCUGGUGUCCAGGCCCCCUCGCUGCCCCCAGGUCCUCCUCCAGGUCCAGCCCCACCACUGCCCAGCAGGAGCCUCACAGGCGAGUCCCGCACCUCGGGGAGCCUGGACGGCUUCCUGGACCACCUCUUCGAGCCAGUCCUCUCCCCGGGCCUCAGUGAUCUGGAACAAGGCUGGGCUCUGAGUAGCCGCAUGAAGGGAGGCGGCGCCAUUGGGCCCAUGCAGCAAGGCAGCUACCCCAUGGUAUACCCAGGGAUGAUGCAGAUGCCUGGAUACCAGCCGGCCAUGAUGCCUGCCCCCGUGCCCAUGAUGCCAGCCAUGGGUGCAAUCCCCGCCAUGCCAGCCAUGGUGGUGCCACCACAGCCACAGCCACAGCCCCUGUUUCCCAACGUGGAUGCAAGGCAGCUGGCGGUCCAGCAGCAGAGCUUCAUCAACCAGCAGGCACUGAUCUUGGCCCAGCAGAUGACCACCCAGGCCAUGACCCUGUCCCUGGAGCAGCAGACACAGCAGCGCCAGCGCCAGGCUCAGGCCCCUGGGGCUGCCUCCCCGACCUCACCCGCACCUAUCGCCCCCAAAUCCAAGAAGCCCCUGGCCCCCCAGAAGGAGCCAGAGCAUGAGCUGGAAUUGGAGACCUCACAGGAGGCUGAAGCCAAGCCCUGGCGGCCCAAGAGCUUCCAGCAGAAACAGGACUAUUUCCAGAAGAUGGGGCAGCAGCAGAUCAAGGUGAAGAUGGUGAAGCCUCCGGCCAAAGUGCAGAUCCCCCAGCAGGAGGAGCAGGAGGAGCAGGGGGAGCAUGCAGAGGAAACGAGAGCAGUGCCGUCCCCUUCUCCUCCCCCGGUUGUGAGGAAGCCACCGACACCAGGCGGGGCCAAAGCUGCCCCGAAGGAGGCUGAGGCUGAGCCGGCUUGGGAGGCCGGGCCUGGCGGUGGCGGCAAGCCGUCCCAGGGCAGGGCGGCGGUGCCCAGAUCGAACCCUGCGCCCCAGCGGCCUGAGCCCAGCAGGGAGAUCCGCAACAUCAUCCGCAUGUACCAGAGCCGCCCUGGCCCCGUGCCUGUGCCCGUGCAGCCAUCCAGGAGGCCCCCCAAAACUUUCAUAAAGAUGAACAACCCUAAGGACGAGGCUCUGGCGAAGCUGGGGAUCAAUGGUGCCCUCUCGUCCCCUUCGACACUGCCCCCCAGCCCAGGCAAGGGCCUGCCACCGGCUGUGGCCCGUCGGCCCAAGGCCCCAGCACAGCCCGGGCUUUCCAGCUCCAUCAAGGAGAAGCAGGGGCCCCUUCAAGAGCUGUUUGGCCAGUCCCCACCCACUGCCCAGGCCCCCCCACCUCCACCAGCACCCCCACUGCCUCUGCCCGGGGAUCCAGGGAGCCCUUCAGCUGAGCACCGAGGCUUGAUGGAGCCCAUGGGGGACCAGGGCGUCCCCACCCAGCUGCUCGUGCCUUCUGGCAGUGUGUGCUUCUCCUAUGCCAGUGCGCCCUGGAGGUUGUUCCUCCGCAAGGAGGUGUUUUACCCCCGGGAGAACUUCAGCCACCCCUACUGCCUCAGGCUCAUCUGUGAGCAGAUAUUGAAGGACACUUUUGCUGCGUCCUGCAUCCGGAUCUCCCAGAAUGAGCGGCGCAGAAUGAAAGAGCUGCUGGGAAACCUGGAGGUGAGCCUGGACUCACUCAGCACCACGGAGGACAAUGUCAAGAAGCGCAUCGUGGUGGCCGCUCGGGACAACUGGGCCAAUUACUUCUCCCGCAUCUUCCCUGUCUUGGGUGAGAGUGGCAGCGAUGUCCAGCUGCUGGGCGUGUCCCACCGGGGGCUGAGGCUGCUCAAGGCGACCCAAGGCUCUGGCUUGUACCCAGACCAGCUGAAGACUCUCUGCUCCUACAGCUUUGCUGAGGUGCUGGGCGUGGAGUGCCUGGGCAGCUCCGCCCUGGCACUGUCCCUGAAGAGUGAGCAGCUGGUGCUGCACACGGCCCGGGCCAACGCCAUCAAGGCCACGGUGGAGCUGUUCCUGGGCGAGCUCAGGAAGGACUCUGGCUACGUCCUUGCCCUGAGAAGCUACAUCACUGAUGACCGCAGCCUCCUCAGCUUCCACCGUGGGGACCUCAUCAAGCUAUUGCCAGUGGCCACUCUGGAGCCAGGCUGGCAGUUUGGCUCCGUCGGGGGCCGCUCCGGACUCUUUCCUGCCGACAUAGUGCAGCCAGCUGCUGCUCCAGACUUCUCCUUCUCGCCAGAGCAGAGGAGUGCCCGGCACAGGGGUCAGCAGCAGCAUGGAGAGUGGGACAGGGCAUCGGAGCGCCCCAGACGCCCCUGGAGUCAGGCACUCAGUGAUGAGUCAGAGGCCACCAGCUUGCCCCACUCUGUGGCCUACAUCUCUCUGUCCACGGACACCCACAACUAUACCAUGCAGGAAUUUGCCCUGAGAUACUUCCGGAAGCCACAGAAGCUGGACCACAAAGGUGGAGGUGCUAAGGGGAAGUCCGUGACCAGCCUGGUGCAAUACACCAAGGCUCCCAUCCAGGAAUCGCUCAUCUGCCUCAGUGAUGAGGACAUGAACAGGCAGGCUGUGGGAAGCUUUCAGGCUCUGAUGCAAUUUAUGGGAGACCAGUCUAAGCCCCGGGGCAAGGACGAGAUAGAUCUCCUGUAUAUGCUGCUGAAGCUGUGCCGGGAGGAGAAACUCCGGGAUGAGAUUUACUGCCAGGUCAUCAAGCAGGUCACAGAGCACCCCCGGCCGGAACUCUGCGCUCGAGGCUGGACCUUCCUCAGCCUCCUCACUGGCUCCUUCCCACCGUCAACCACGCUGAUGCCCUAUGUGACCAAGUUUCUGCAGGACUCAGGCCCAAGCCAAGAACUGGCCCAGAGCAGCCAGGAGCACCUCCAGUGCACGGUCAAAUACGGGGGACGUCAGCGGCUGCCCUCCCCUGGUGAAAUGCAGGCUCUCCUGAAAGGGAAGCCGGUCCACCUGCUUCAAAUUCACAUGCCUGGGGGUGUGGAUUACAAGACCAAUAUCCGGACUUUCACGGUGGCAGCAGAAGUGCUGGAGGAGCUGUGCCGGCACAUGGGCAUCAUGGACCCCCAGGAAGUACAGGAAUUUGCCCUCUUCCUCAUCAAGAGGGAAGGCGGUCUGGUGCGGCCCCUGUGGCCCCAAGAGUACCUCAACAGCGUGCUGGAUCAGGAUGUGAGCCUGCACAGCCGGAGGCUUGGCUGGGAGACACAGCUGCACUUCGAUAAUCCCACUUACAUCAGCACCCACUACAGCCAGGUGCUGAGGGACUACCUGCAGGGGAAGCUGGUGGUCAGCACCCUAGAGGAAGCCCAACUCGCCAGGCUGGCUGCCCUGCAGCACCUCAGCAAGGCCCAUGAGGGACCCCCCUCAGAGCAAGACCUGCUGGCUUACUUGCCGAAGUCGCUGCCCUGGCAGGUGAACCUGGCCGCCAUCAAGAGCCUGACAGGCCAGGAGCUGAGGCAGCUGCGAGGACACAGCCCCAGGGACGCACAGAUCGGCUUCAUCAAGACCGUCAGCCAGCUGCCCCUCUUUGGCUACACGGUCUACGUGGUGCUGCGGGUGAGCAAGUUGGCUCUGCCCGGCCCCGGCCUCUUGGGGCUGAACCGCCAGCAGCUGGUCAUCAUGGACCCCAGCUCCCAGAGACUGUACUGCUCCAUCACCCUGAGGGACCUGCAGCGGCUCCACCUGCUGAGCCCCCGGGAGGCAGAGGGGCCUCCUGGCCUGGAACUCAACUACGGCUCUGUGGAGAACCCCCAAACCAUCUGGUUUGAGCUGCCGCAGGCCCAGGAGCUGAAGUGCACCAUCGCCUUCCUGCUGGAGAGCAGCAGAGCUUCUGCGUAGUGGCCGGCUGCGCCCAAGGGGAGGAGCGGAUGGCCGGAGGAGGAAGGGGCCCCUCUCUGGCCCAAGACCACCAGGAAGGUCUCUCUUGGGGGCUGUCGUGCCAUUUUGUUUGGGACUUCACUGCCUGGCUGUUCUGGAACCUGAGACGAUGAUGCACGGGCUGCUGCAGUGACAUCAACCGGGAGAGUGGCGAGACUGGGAGGCGGGCCUGGGCCUGGGAGGGGGCUGCAGGAACUCGGCUGGGCAUCUGACGUUGCUCAGUCUGAAGGAGAUGCCCACCUGGCCCCAGGCCCCAGCUCUACAUCAGCAGGUGCCGAGGAAAUAAAACUCCCGAGGAAAGG